GGGCGGUGCGGGGGUGCCCAGGCCGGGGCCCUGUCGCCUGCGGCGCUGAGGGCCCGGGAUGGGGCUGUCCCCGAGGGCCCGGCCCUGCCCUCCGCACGCCCCUGGCCGCGGUCCCUUCCCCGGCUAUGGGGCUGAGUGCGCCGCGCUCCUGGCCUCUACGGUCAGCGCGGGGGCGGAGAGAAGAGAGUGCCCGGCGGGCGGCGGCUGGGCCGGCCCGGAACUGGGUCGUGGAAGGAUAGCGGGAGCGGUUUUCCGGCCUCCGGCCUCACUGCGUCCCCGCUUCCCCGUGCCCGCCUGCUGCCGAGCCCAGCUGGGGGUGGGCGCGGUGCGAGCUGUUAAAGGGCCGGUGCAUUUAAAGGAGACGUGCACGUGGGUCUCAAGGCGUGUAGCAGGCGGGGGCGUUUUGUUCUUCCUCUCUGUCUCGCCAGAGACCUCCGUUGUGCCGAGUCCAUCCGGCCUCCAGCACCGGGCCCUAGGCAUGCUUUCCCCGGGAAGGAGGCGCGCUGGGGGGUCUGCUCGCACGUGAGGGGCAGGGCCGCAGGCCCAAGCCUAGAGCCGGUUUCUGUUAGCAGUGGUGUUCGGCUGUUUAAUCAGGCGUUUGCAGCUGUGAGGAGACAGUCAGAAGCAAGCUUUUGGAGCUGAAGGAACCUGAGACAGAAGCUAGUCCCCACCCGAAUUUUACUGAAGAAGCAGCUGAGGCCACAGAGCUAAAGUGACUUUUCCCAAGGUCGCCCAGGGAGGACUGUGGGACUUCUCAGACGUCAGGAGAGUGAUAUGAGGGAGCUGUGUGACCAUAGAAAGUGAUGUGUUAAAAACCAGCGCCACCCUCUUUGAAAGUGAGGGAGCAUCGUUAAUUUAGCCUGCUCGGAAGAAGAAACCAGGUGUCCUGGAUCCAGACCUUUCUGCAGCCCCCAGUGUUUUCGGUGCUUCCCGAGGCAGGGCUAUGCUAACAUUCAUGGCCUCUGACAGCGAGGAAGAAGUGUGUGACGAGCGGACGUCCCUGAUGUCGGCUGAGAGCCCCACGCCGCGUUCCUGCCAGGAGGGCAGGCAGGGCCAGGAGGCUGGAGAGAACACGGCCCAGUGGAGAAGCCAGGAGAACGAGGAGGACGGUGAGGAGGACCCUGACCGCUACGUCUGUAGUGGAGUUCCUGGGCGGCCAUCAGGCCUGGAGGAAGAGCUGACUCUCAAGUAUGGGGCGAAGCACGUGAUCAUGCUCUUUGUGCCUGUCACUCUGUGCAUGAUCGUGGUGGUAGCCACCAUCAAGUCUGUGCGCUUCUACACAGAGAAGAAUGGACAGCUCAUCUACACGCCGUUCACUGAGGACACGCCCUCGGUGAGCCAGCGCCUCCUCAACUCCGUGCUCAACACCCUCAUCAUGAUCAGUGUCAUCGUGGUUAUGACCAUCUUCUUGGUGGUGCUCUACAAGUACCGCUGUUACAAGUUCAUCCAUGGCUGGUUGAUCAUGUCUUCCCUGAUGCUGCUGUUCCUCUUCACCUAUAUCUACCUUGGGGAAGUGCUUAAGACCUACAACGUGGCCAUGGACUACCCCACGCUCUUGCUGACCGUCUGGAACUUUGGGGCGGUGGGCAUGGUGUGCAUCCACUGGAAGGGGCCGCUGGUGCUGCAGCAGGCCUACCUCAUCAUGAUCAGCGCACUCAUGGCCUUGGUGUUCAUCAAGUACCUCCCAGAGUGGUCUGCGUGGGUCAUCCUGGGCGCUAUCUCUGUGUAUGAUCUUGUGGCUGUGCUGUGUCCCAAAGGGCCUCUGAGAAUGCUGGUAGAAACUGCGCAGGAGAGAAACGAGCCCAUAUUCCCUGCCCUGAUAUACUCAUCCGCCAUGGUGUGGACAGUGGGCAUGGCAAAGCUGGACCCCUCCUCUCAGGGCGCCCUCCAGCUCCCCUACGACCCGGAGAUGGAAGACGACUCCUAUGACAGUUUUGGCGAGCCUUCGUACCCUGAAGUCUUUGAGCCUCCCCUGACUGGGUACCCAGGGGAGGAGCUGGAGGAAGAGGAGGAAAGGGGCGUGAAGCUUGGCCUUGGGGACUUCAUCUUCUACAGCGUGCUGGUGGGCAAGGCGGCAGCCACGGGCAGCGGAGACUGGAACACCACGCUGGCCUGCUUCGUGGCCAUCCUCAUUGGCUUGUGUCUGACCCUCCUGCUGCUUGCUGUGUUCAAGAAGGCGCUGCCCGCGCUCCCCAUCUCCAUCACGUUUGGGCUCAUCUUUUACUUCUCCACGGACAACCUGGUACGGCCGUUCAUGGACACGCUGGCCUCCCAUCAGCUGUACAUCUGAGGGACACGGUGCACCACAGGCCGCAAGCUGCAGGGAAUUUUCACUGGAUGCAGUUGUAUAGUUUUACACUCUAGUGCCAUAUAUUUUUAAGACUUUUCUUUCCUUAAAAUAUUUUAAAAAGUAUGUGUUUACUUGGUGAGGACAAAGCAGAACCAGCUGUUUGGCACCAGCUGUUUCAUCCCCAGACUUUGGUUCCCCCUCUGGUUCUGCCUCACUUCACGGACAGGAGGCAUAGCAGGUUUACCCAGAUGAACUGAGAAGGUCAGGUCAGGGCGGGGAGAGGAGCAUCCGGCAUGCCCCCGAGGGCCAAGAUUCGUGAAGAUGUGCCUCUGUUCAGGACCAGGACCGUGUGCUUGGGAGUGGCCCCUGGCACCUGGGUGCUCUGGCUGGGGAAGAAAAGCCAGUUCCCUACGAGGAGUGUUCUCAGUGCUUUGUCCAUGAUGUCCUUGUUAUUUUAUUGCUUUUAGAAACUGAGUCCUGUUCUUGUUACGGCAGUCACACUGCUGGGAAGUGGCUUAAUAGUAAUACCAAUAAAUAGAUGAGUCCUGUUGGAAUGUUG